AUGGCCGAUCCCGUCAUUAGUGCCACUAUUCAGGUUGCCUUGGAGACGGCAGUAUCUCUUGCCACUGACAGGAUUGGUAUGUUAGUUGGCUUCAAGAAGGAUGUGGCCAGCAUGACACGUACUCUCCGCUGGAUCAAUGCUUUCUUGGCUGAUGCUGAGGAAAGAAAACAAAACCAGGACCGGGUAGUGCAAGAAUGGUUGAAGAGUCUCGAGGAGGUGGCUUAUGAGGCGGACAAUGUGUUGGAUGAGCUCCACUAUGAAUCCCUUCGUCAACAGGUGGAGUCCCGAAACCGACACAAGCUCAAGGUAUGCUGCUUCUUCUCCUUCUCUAACAUUAAUCUUGCUUUUCGUUGGAGAAUGGCUUCUAAGGUCAGAGACAUCAAACUUAAGUUGAAUGGCAUCUAUCAAGACGCCCAUGGAUUGGGACUGGUCAGUAGGGAAGUCUUGACGGCUGCCCUCCCUGCUGCUCCUGCUGUUGGAGACACAAGAAAUCGGCAGACUGACUCUGUUCUUGUUCCAAUAAUUGGAAGAGCCGAUGAUGAAUCAAAUAUAGUGAAGAUAUUGUUGAGCCCGUCUAAGAAGGUUGUUUCUGUUCUUCCCAUAAUUGGUAUGGGAGGUCUAGGCAAAACAACUUUGGCUAAAUCGAUAUACAACAAGCAGCAAAUUGAUGCGCACUUUAACAAAAAGAUUUGGGUUUGUGUAUCGAAAAAAGUUCCAAUAGUUGAGCUUUUCAAACUCAUAUUAGUGCAAUUGACGGGAGAAAAGGUUGAAGUAGAUGAUAGGAAUGUCGUCGUUGGAAAAAUUGGGAAUCAACUAGGGGGAAAAAGAUAUUUCCUAGUGCUUGAUGAUGUGUGGGAUGAUGAUGAGGCAUUGUGGGAUGACUUUUUCACCACCUUGAAGGGGCUCAAUCCAACCAAUGGAAGUUGGUGUCUUGUCACUACUCGUUUAAGGAUGAUGGAAAAUGAAGCCUAUCCAUUAAGAAAACUACCUGAUGAUCAUUGUUGGUCUAUCCUAAAAGAAAAAGUAGUUGGAGGGGAAGAAGAAACUGAUGAACUAAAAGCAAUUAAAAAGAGAGUAAUCAAAAGAUGUGAUGGUCUACCAUUGGCUGCAAGUGUAAUCGGAGGUCUAUUAUCUUUAAAGAGAAAAGAGGAGUGGCGAUCAAUUUUGGAGAAUAGGCUUUUGAGUGGAGAUGGAGAUCGUGUGAUGCAAAUACUGAAGUUUAGUUUUGAUAAUUUGCCAUCUCCAUACAUUAAGAAAUGUUUUGCAUAUUGUUCUAUAUUUCCCAAGGAUAGUGAGAUAGAAAGGAAUAUGCUCAUCGAACUUUGGAUGGCAGAAGGUUUCCUCCAAGCAGAUCUCAACAGCCAAAUGAUGAUGGAGGAAAUUGGAAUGAAUUAUCUGAGAAUUUUAUUGCAAAGUUCGUUGUUUGAAGAAACAAGAAAUUAUCAGGGAACAUGUUAUAAGAUGCAUGAUCUGGUCCAUGACGUUGCAGAGUCAAUGUCGAAGUCUACCAAAAUCAUUAAUGAUAGGGAUACACGUGUAGCAGACAAAGGUGAUCAGAUUCGUUACCUUGCAAUAGACUCAUCUGGUGGCAGAGAAGACAGAGAAAAACUUCUGGAGAGUCUAUCAACUUCGCUUCAUACAUUAUUCAUCGUAAAUGGUGACUUAUCUGGUGAUAUGUUAAUGAAGUUGAAGAACUUGUAUGUUUUGAAUUUGUCUCGUACAAGAACUCGAGAGCUACCAGUCUCAAUUGGCAAACUGAUACAUUUGCGGUACGUUAACCUUGAGUGGUCUUCAAUCAGUAUUUUGCCGGACUCCUUUGCAAGCUUUAUAAUCUGCAGACAUUGA